CGUGUGAUCGUAUCCAAUAAGCCCACUUUUAGCCCAAUUUACAAAAGUCGCCUCCCUCUCUCUCUCAAUCCAUCGGUGUUGUUUUCUCUCCUUGAUUGAUUUGAAAUUCCAUUUUUUUUUUCCUCGGAAGCGUUUCUCUCUCUAGAAUUCAUGACGGACAAAGGUCGGCCAUUGCCAAAAUUUGGCGAGUGGGAUGUUAAUGAUCCGACAUCAGCUGAGGGGUUCACCGUGAUUUUUAACAAAGCUAGGGAUGAGAAGAAAACAGGCGGCAAACCUGAUUCACCUGGAAAAGUUGAUGCACAGGGCAGGUCUGGAGCGGAUCCUGCCAAGGCACCGCCUAAGAAAUGGCUUUGCUGUAUCCAAAGUCCCCCUGCUGAAUCUUGAGAAGGAUUCGUUUAGAAGCCUUGGUUGAAAAACAAUAUUAUUCUGUAAUUGUGCUACUUUGGCUUCUCAAAGACGAUGAACUUUUCAUGGAGCCCUGAUGUUCCUGCUAAAUUUUAUGCAAUUUCAUGUAAAGCUGAGUGUUAUUGUUGUGGAGGAAAAAGUAAAGAAGACAAACAUGUAUUAUAUUUAUAUGAUUGAUAUGGUGGUUUUUUAUUAUAGGAUACAGUUGCUAUUCUGUCUUUGCCUUUGGUGUGAGCUGUAAAGCUUUGCACUAGACAUGAUGUAUAAUUGUGGCUGGUAUAAUUAAUGUAUUACAACCUUUUCUUUUCUUGGAA